AUGUCUUCCGUUGCGUCGGAAGCCAUCAACGCAGUCAGUACAGUAUUCUGGACAACUGUCUAUUUCGUUUACUAUCUGUUCAAAGGGAAACAAGAAUGGAAAUGUGAAAAGAACAGUAAUCCAGUUAUACAAUACUGCUGUGUCGAUGGAACUCCAUGCUCUGAUCAUCAAUCAAAUGGCGUGAGAUUCAGAAAGAAUGCUCCAUCGACGACGACUAAUAACUACAGUAAUCACGUUCAAGAUAAUCACAAUUCGACACCAAAAUCAUUUUAUUCUGAAAAUUCGGGUAUACGUGGAUUCUUCCGAUCAGUUUGGAACAAUGUGAAGAAAGGAUCCGUGAAAGUAUGGGAAUUCGGAAAGAAGGCGGGAAGAAGUGUUUGGAAUUGGGUCAAAUGUGGAGUCCAGUUUUUGUGGAAAGUGAUAAAAUGUGUAUUCGGAAUGAUUUAUGCGUUCAUUGUCUCCAAUAAUGUACCAUCUCAAACACUUCCUUCUACUCCGAAACCAUACAAGGCGACUCCGUCAUCUCCGAAUUAUAACAAGGUAUCAUUCGAGUAUCCACCGGAAAAAUUGAACGAAGCUGAAUUGAGAGCAGUUACAAAACAAGAGAUUGAAGAGGAGGAACCCGAUGAGCCGACGAUUUACGAAGACGUUUCGAAGAAGGAUGAACCAGUGAGAAAAGUACCAGAUACCUCAGAAUCUUUUUAUUAUGAACGAGUUUUUGAGGAGCCGAAGCAGGAGAAACACGUUCCGGAACCACCGAGAGAGAAGUCUGUUCCUCCUCCACCUCCGCCUCCACCUCCCCCGAAGCCAGUAUCCCGUGAACCAAGUCGUGCUCGUUCAAUGACUCCAGCAAGAGAAAGAAAAGAAGUGAAAGGAGGAAUCGGAGGAUUUAAAUCUGAUAUAAUGGAUGAAUUAGAAGAACAUCAAAGAGUUCGUCAAGAGAGAACAUCCGUUAAUCGGGAAAUGACACAGAGUUGUCAUCCGGAUAUGGCACAAUGGAAAGCGAAUGAAACAGUUGAUAGAUCUGCUAAUUCAACACCUUGGAGAGCUGCUUCUGCUGGUCCAACGAUGCGUCGUUUGGAGCAAGUUGUUAGUCGUGUUGAAGGAGAUGAUCAAAAAGAAGCUAACUUUGUUUUUAGACCACAAAAGAUAGUCCACUCAUCCGAAGAAUAUCAGAAUCGUAAUAAACAAACAUCUGACAAUGGAUUCAUAAUGGGAAGAAGUGUUUUCUCUCCAGUUGAAGAAGCUGAACAAAUGCGGAAAGACAUCAAUAGCAAACAACAGAGCUACAGUAGUCCACAAUAUCAAAGUGGUAACUGGAUGGAGGGACAACGAUCAAGAAACAUUCAUAGCAGAGACGAUCACGUCUACGACUACCAAGCUCAGAAGAAUCCGUUUGGAAGUGCCGCUUACAAAUCAUCUCCAUAUGCGUCUCAUACCGCCCGUCGCAGUAAGACACCUAUCAGAAACACAGAAGCAGAAGGAGGUGUUGAAUCAAUUGCAAGACAAUGGCCACCAGUGAGUAAUGCGACUGCAACAAUUGGAAAUGCACGAGAUGAUUGGGUUGGAAAAAGUAUGAAAGGAGUUGAAGAAAAUGAUGAUGGAUUAGUUAUGACUAUGUGUAGACGUGUUGUCGAGAAGAAAAAAGAUGAAAAUUGGAAAUGGAGAGAUGAAAGUGGACGACUUCUGGAUGAGAGACACAAUAACACGUGGAAGGGAGAACUUGACACACUUCUUCGUGAUGGACCAAAUGAAGGAAGACAUUGGAGCAGAACUGUAGAAAAGCUUCCAACCGGUGAUACAAGAUUCCAAGAUGUCAACAGACAAUACAAUAAGGAAUAUGUUGUUGAAAGCAUUGUCCGCAACUAUUGA